AUGUCCGACAAACUGCAUCAUCCCAGUGAUCACUUCAAAGAGAUCCCUGUAGCUUCACUCAGUCUGAAGGCUACUCUUGUCGACGGCACAAGUAUCAAUCUGACCGUCUUCCCCGCCUCAACAGGAUCCUCAGCAGUCACUGCAUCGACAACUCUCACUGACACUGGCUUCUCAUUCGAAAUUAACACCUCGCUUCCAAUUCAGGUUCUCCCGUCACGCAAAGCCUCCUCAACCCCCCAAAUCUCGCCUUCUCCUAAAGCUCCGUCUUCCCCUGCAAGCCUGCCUUCGGACAAACCUCCGAAGCCAACCUGCGCAAGUUCGCCUCCUGGUGAACGUACAAGACCUAGCAAAAUGUCCACCAUCAAUCUGCCUUCCGACGUUGUCGCCAUUGAUACUAGCAACGGCAGCCUGCUGUUCUACGUUGCCCCUGACAGGAACGACAGCCGUUUGAGCUACCUCGAGUCCCCUGAUGCCAAGGGUGGCGGCAACUAUGAGGUCCAGAAAAUCUUCACCGCAGCUGACAAGGCGAAGAAAAAUAAGAAGGAAAACAUCAUUGUCUCUCCCAACAACAAGCAGGUUGCCGCCGUUACUUGGAACAGUGCCGAAGGUAUCCAGGUCCGUGUGUACUACGUGAACGAGAAUGAGCAUCUCCGGGAGGUUUGCAAAACCGGUGACGGCGAUUGGUAUAUCGGUGCCCUCGGAUUCAAGGGCAACACGAUCAAGAUCCGCCCCAACACGUCCAUCUCUGCCUCUGUCCAUGCCUACAGCCCCAGCCACUCCAGCCCCAGCCACUACAGCCUGAGGGUCUUCGCUGCUGAGGACAACCAGAUCAACCACAGAAAGCUCCCUCAGAUCUCCGUUUUCAGGUAUGUCCUGAACGAGUCCAGCGAGAGCACUUGGCAAGGCGAUCACAUCACCAACGAUAUCGAGAGCUACUAA